UUUUUUUAAAAUAAUUUAGAUACCUCCUGCCCCACCAAGACCUGAUUUUGAUGCAUCAAGAGAGAAACUUCAAAAACUUGGAGAAGGGGAAGGAAAUAUGACUAAAGAAGAAUUUAGUAAAAUGAAACAAGAAUUGGAAGCAGAGUAUUUGGCUACUUUCAAGAAAACAGUUGCAAUGCAUGAAGUAUUUCUUCAAAGAUUAGCUAUUCAUCCAAUGUUCCGACAUGACCAUAAUUUUAAAGUAUUUCUUGAAUAUGAUCAAGAUUUGUGUGUUCGUGGAAAGAACAAAAAAGAAAAAUUAGCUGGACUCUUUAGCAAUAUUAGCAAAUCAGCAGAUGAUCUGUUGUUGUCCAAUACACAAAAAGAUGUUGAUGAUUUCUUUGAACAUGAAAGGAAUUUUCUGAUUGAAUAUUACAAUCAUAUUAGAGAUGCUACUAUGAAAUCUGAUAAAAUGACGAGAAACCAUAAAAAUGUAGCUGAUAGUUAUAUCAAGAUAUCAUUUUCACUUGUACAGUUAGCAACCAUUGAUGGAUCAGAACUUGAAAAAUUUUUCAGUAAAGUUUCUGAAACUUUUGAAAAAGCAAGGAAAUUGGAAGGAAGAGUUGCCUCUGACGAGGAUCUUAAACUAUCAGAUACAUUAAGAUAUUAUAUGAGGGAUACAGCUGCUGCUAAAGAUUUGCUAUAUAGAAGAUUAAGGUGUUUAGCUAAUUAUGAAAAUGCCAACAGAAAUUUAGAAAAAGCACGCAUUAAGAACAAAGAUAUUCAUAUGGCAGAAAAUGUUCAACAACAAGCCUGCCAGAAAUUUGAAGCCAUUUCUAAACAAGCCAAACAAGAAUUACAAGACUUUAAAACCCGUCGAGUUGCUGCUUUUAGAAAAAAUCUUGUAGAACUAGCAGAACUCGAAUUGAAACAUUCAAAGACACAAAUUCAACUUCUGAAGAGUUGUUUAAUGUCACUCCACGAAGAACAUUAAAUUUUGGUUUCUCUUAUUGACAUAUUUUCUAAGGGACCAGUUUGUCAUAUGAACUCUUACUAUCAAUUUGCCUGUGGUAUAAAAUGACAAAUAGCAUAAUUUUGAUUAUUAUUUUUUUUCUUUAUAAUCUGUUGGUUGUUGAACAUUUGUUUUAUCUAUAAUAAGAUAUCGAGUGAGUCACCAGCCCGAAUUGCUUUGUUGUUCCAAAUAUAUUUAAGUUGCAAAGGUAAUUUAGAUAAGGAAACGUUGUUUAUAUAAUUUCUUCCAUUACCAUCAGGGUGCAUCAUUUGGUUACAGAAGUGUUGAAUUCUUUGCAAAUACAUAUGCCUGAUGUAUGUCAUGGAAUCCAUGUUUAUAACAAAACAGAUUUUUCACUUGAGUUGUUAUUUUGAUAAGAAUGAUGCUAAAUUUUUUAAUUUUCUGUAGCAAAUUAAAUAAACUACAAAUUUAUUACUAAAA